AUUCUACCUGGAACCCUGGAAUUUUUUUACGCAAAAUUACGUUCUUAUUCUCUUUACGUUUUAUCUAAGGGAUCGAAUUCCCGAUUUUUUUUUUCUUUCUCGACUUGUCGGAGCUCGAGGUUUCGCAUUUCACGCUAUCUCAGGCUUGCACAUUUUCGAAUGCUCGAGUGAGUAAAGACGCAUCCACCUGCACGGAUACCUCGCGUGACGGUAACCGUAAGCGUAACGGUAAGAAUCGCAAUAAGUAAAUUACCGAACAUAGGGCGCCAUGUUUAAUUUUCUGCAAUUCUUGUGCCCGAUUCUUCCCGCUACGCGAGGCAUCCUGGAAGGCCUUUACAUCUGCGUUUAUACGUUUCGUGACAUAUGCUGGAAUAAUAAAUAUAAAUUUAUGCGACAAUACUAAUGUCGGAUAUUGUUCUGCUUCUAUUUUCAGGGCCCUUUCGUUAACCAUUCGUUCACCAGGAUGCGUUAGGUUGGCCCAUAUUAUGUAUACUUUUCUCGUUAUUCUUCUCAAGCGAGGGAUCGAAAAAUCCGAGAAUACAUUAUUAAUUAAUAUCUCUCAAUUUUACCUCCUGAAAUAUUUUUUUUAUGCAAGAAACGGACUUAUGGGGCAACGUUUUUGUACCGCGCCUCUAUGUAUAAAAUUUUUAGUCCAGCUUCGAUGCAACCGAUUUAUGGUGUCCCUUGAAAAUUUUGGUUUUUUAGCGAUCAGCUGAUAUUGCGCCCAGACUUUCUUGUGGUCGUCAAUGUUCGAAUUAGUUCUGAUACAUUUGGGACCGCGGAAGUUUACCAGAGAACGUUCAACAAACGACUCCGUAUGUCUUUAAUUAUAUUUAAUGAGGGGCUCGAUCCCGAAGAAGACCUCUGAUCGUCUUCGUUCAUGGCGUGGGGCCAUUAAUCGGUCGCCUUGCUCGCCGGUCGUCGUUGAUCUUAAUCGUUCACGCGAAGCUCUCUCGCGACGUUUUAUUUCCCCUAACGAGACCCAAUAAAAAAGAUGUCGGAACUUUUCCAUGCACUAACGCAUUCGCGCCACUCCCACGAUCUCUAGGCAAUCUCUGUGUCCAAAAUUCGGGAAAUUCCACGGAGGCGAGGAUAAAAAAGUCCUUUGAUUAGCGAAGACCUAGUCAAUUUGCAUACAUCGAGAGCCGGUGAAAUCGCAAAUGCCCCAGAAAACCGUGUCAAGUCUACAAAGCGAACCCUGGCGCGAUAAAUGUCUAUAGUCUUAGGCCUAAGUGCGCUUAACGCGGAUUAAAUCUGACUCGGCGUCAUUCCACGGAGUACACAUGCAUUCGGCACCCUCUCCCCGAAUAAUUUAUGCCGGUAAUAACCGCACACGGAGGAGGGACAUCGAAAUUGAGAAAAUAGGCGGAGCACUUCCCUUGCUUCUAAUUAACGAUAAGAAAAAAAUAUCGACUGGACGACUCGUCGGAGGAAAACGAAUUAUACCCGACGCGAUCGCUCCUAGUCGUUCACGUAUAAACGAGGAUUACCCGCGAGAUUCGAAAAGCUUGGACGGUUUUUUUUUUCCUCCGCAAACUCGACCGUGAAGAUAUAAAUAAGCACGACGCUCAAGUUCGGCAGUAGACCGACGCUUGCGCGAAUACGGAUUAGUGCCAUAGUUUUCGGCCUCGGAGUGUCCUGCGAUCGAUCGACAUGGAUCGGCCGAAGAUUAUCGAUAUGUCGCGCCUCACCCCGAAUUAGCGUUGAUCUGAGAUUAAUUUAACGUAACCGGUCGGGACGACGUUAGUUAUGGAACCGUUGAAACGUUAAAUCGUCUCGUUGGAGACCCCGAGAAAAUGCUCUCCUCGCGGUUGACCUCCCUCGAAGAAGAUCAAGACACUCCGACGAGAAACAUCGUUUUUGGUUGACGUCGACUCGUCGCUCCCGCAAGGAUCUCUCCGAAUAGCCGACGAUGACGAUGAAGACGAUGAAGCCGGUGAAGACGGCGAAGACGAAGCUGGUUCCUCCCGAUGGUGGAUGGGGAUGGGUGGUGCUCGUGUCAGCCCUGCUGGUCAACUUUCUCAUCCCGGGAACGGUCAAGUCCUUCGGGGUGCUCUUCGUCGAGUUUCUCCAGGUCUUCAAGGCGUCGCCAACGGCGGCCUCCUGGAUGCCGGCUCUCUGCUACUUCCUCUACAGUUCUCUAGGACCAUUGUCGAGCGUCUUGUCCAUGAAGUUCUCCUACAAGACAGUCACUCUCAUCGGCGGCACUUUUGCCGCCAGCGGGAUGAUGCUGAGUUACUUCGCCGACUCGGUUUCCUAUCUUUACGUUAGUUAUGGACUUAUGGUUGGUAUUGGAGCCGGCUUGACGUUUCCACCUACGGUUUACAUCGUGACGGCGUAUUUCGAGAGACUGCGAGGGUUUGCCAACGGAUUGUGCAUCUCAGGCAGCGCAAUCGGGACGAUAGUGCUACCGCCCUUCCUGCAGUACCUCCUCAACCAUUUUGGAUAUCGAGGAGCCGUGCUGAUCAUGGGAGCGAUCACGUUAAACACCCUGGUGUGCGCCUUGCUGUACCACCCGGUGGAACAGCACAUGAAGGUCGUGCCGAUUGCCGCGGAAGAGGGCAUCGACAACGAGGCCUUGACUCUGGACGAGCCAGCCUCGAACAAGCUGGAGUUGGAUCUGUCGAAGCCAAACCGGAGUCUACAGGACGCGCAUCCUCGGGAGGAGACGGCCGCUCAGCUGUCGAGUCUCUCUCAGAUCCUGGAGAAGACGUCCUGUGACAUCCUGAAUGAGAAGGCGCGACCGGCAGAGUCGUCCGAGGAAGUCUCGACCGAGAACCAUCGGAAUCUGGAGAGCGAGGUGGACCAGGACAAAUUGGAGACUACUCUCGAAUCCGAGGUUGAUUCCGGAACGACUCCUUCGGUAGAGAGCGAACGGGUCGACUCGCUCCCCAAGAUAGUGGUCGGUCCUUCACUUCUGAGCAGGAACAACUCCGUCCAGCGUCCGGUAAAGCACGAGAGCUUCCACCUGUCCCGUCAGCACAGCAUCGUCUCCGAGAUGGGCCCCAUCGCGCUGAGUCCUCGCCUGAACGUGCCGGGCAUGUUCCGAAGGCUCUUCAAGACUCAGUCGCCCAGGAAGAGCGGGUCCGAGAAGGACACCAAGUCGGUGACGUCCUGCACCGGGAGCAAGAGCGACAAGUCGCAGAGCAGCGGAUCUAGCUCUUCCAACAAGUUCUUCGACUUCGGGGUCCUGCGCGACCCGAUCUACCUGGUGAUCAUGAUCUCGAACUCCACCUCGGCGAUCAGCAACACCAACUUCAUGAUCCUCCUACCGUCCUAUGCCAUCUCUCAGGGCUUCGACAAGAACAUGGCGGCGCUGCUGUUGUCGAUAGUGUCGGCCCUGGACCUCAUAGGCAGAAUCGGCGGCGCCUCCCUGUCGGACAUCGACUUUAUACCAAAGUAUUACUACUUCGUGGGGGGUCUGGGGACCAGCGGCAUAGCCCUGGCCCUUCUACCUAUGGCGAACAGCUACUCCAUGCUGUCCUUCUUCUGCGCCCUAUUCGGGCUCUCCUCCGGCAUCUACAUCGGCAUCACCACCGUCAUCCUGGCGGACAUGCUGGGCCCGGAGAAGCUGAGCUCCUCCUACGGGAUAUCUCUCUUCGUCAAUGGAGUCCUCCAGCUCGUGGGACCGCCGGUUUGCGGUACCAUCUACGAGCACGUAGGCUCAUACAAACCCAUCUUCCUAGCCUUCGGCAUCAUUCUGAUCCUGGGAACUGCCCUCUGGGCCGCGUUGCCCAUCAUCAAGAGGAACGGAAAGAAGGACGUCGAGGCCGGAUAACGAUGACCGGAGCUCGAGCCUCAUCGACGGCAUUCGGUGCCGUGGAUUUUGUUUCGGUACCCGCGAUGGCGGAUUUCGGGGUCUCGACGAUGCCUACAGUUCGUCUCGCGGAGUCCUGGGGCCGUCUUCAGCUGACUGGGCCCGAUCGACUUCGCCCGCGGAGUCGUCCUCCUCGGCAUCGUCUCGUCUCCAGGUUUUGGGACUUCUGGCGAGCCCGAUUCGCUCGGAAUUUUCGACGUCCUGGAACUGGUCGAACGAAUCAGGAUAUAGGCUGGGUGUUCGCGACGCGCGUUUCGAAGAUGGCGCAGGUGUUUCUUACCUCUUUCUUCAAGAUGCACCGUCCAUCUCGGAUGAUAUAUCCUGGCUCGUUUGGGUCCAGCCUCGCUCCCGGUUACUAUUCCUGCGAUGGAAGGAGGUUCUCAUGGUGCUUACACCCUAUGCGUGGUUCAUAAAUUUCCGACGCGUCUCUGCUUAGGAGUGAAAGAUCUUCGAGUGCGUCGAGCUUCCAAGAUGGCGGACCGCCCGAGGUGGAUGCCCCAAAUUUGAGCGCGUCGUCUGUACCCUCUUUUCAAAAUGUGACGCGUGACACCCUGAUGUGGACGCACACGUUUUAACUAAUCGCCCACUCGUACAAUUCGCUUCACGCAUAGUGUGUAGACAUCUUCAGGCAUUAAAAUAAUAUCGUCCCGUUGGUGAUGCGACGCGCGCUGGUCAUCGCAAGCGACAACGGCGACGCAAUACUCCCGUACAAAGCGACCGCAGGACGACUCUUUAGUUACUUAUUUUGUAAGCGAGACUGCAACUUUUAUACGACUCGAUUCUGCAUUAAUGCUGCUCCCUUGGGAUUGACCCGAUCGAAGCGCCGCCCUCGGAGAAGCGGGAAAGGAGAAAGGAAAAUUCCCUUCCGGCUUCGUCCACCGGCCGCACCCAGGCUCGCCUCCCCGUACUUAUGUCUAGUCAUAAACGUGUGUAUAACAUUUAAGAUCCCGUCUUCACCUGCUCAUAGUAACGAGGAAUUGUCCCGAAACGGUAUUCUUAACUCCGUUGUACAGUAGAUUCGAGGCGCGCGAGUUCUUCCCCUCGCGGAGAAGCCUGGCUUCGAUCAGCGAUCGUCCAAAUCGACCAUGGAACUUCGCGUGUUGAUUAGAGCAGCAUUAAUGUACGUUUUACAGUGAUAAGGUAGCCUUAGAGGUCUCCCCGAGGAGUUUUAGACGACGAAAGCCAGACGUCGAUAAGAUUAUUAGCAAGUUAAGGACGUAUCGUUAGAGAUUUAUGUGUAUAUUUUUUAACUCACCCUUGGAGUUCGUUCGGUGUUCACGACGGCCUUUAGAAGUUAGGUCGCGUAAUGCUGGACGCUGGUCGAGACGUCUUCCUUCCUAAAAAUUUGGAUACGCAAUCAGGUUCCGCUUCUUCGUCUCACGACAUGCCGAGGCCGAGAAUCGGCUUCUUCCCUUAAAUUCAACGAGCACACUUUUCCGAAAACGUGCGACCCUACGGUCACUAAUCUUCAUAUUUUUUAACCCUUGACAGUAAAUCCGACUACCGACCAAUAGAGAUGCAGGUUCUUUAAAAAGGGACCAGAAGAGACCAGUCGAGUCGCCGUGGCGGCGUUCGUCAUUUUCAAAUUUGACCAGACGCCUGUAGUCCUUUAUUUAAUUAAUUAGUAUUAAGCUUAGGCCGACUAUAUCAUAUUAGUACACGAAGUGAUUACCUUCUAGUAUAUCAGUAUUCCGCGGUCUUUAUUCCACGAUCACUGCGAAAGGCUGAGGGACUCAGCUCGCAAAGUAAGGAACCGCGUCGUCAGUUUCCUUCACGAGCGCUACGAUUAAGUCCUCGUGAAUAAUGACGAAAAUUCGAGACACCUUAAGGGCGUAUCUAAAAACCAUGGCGCGACGAGCGGAUCGAAAAUUUGCCAAAAACCGCCGGUCGAAUAAUUCUCGAAAUGCUUGGCGGUUUCCGCUGUCGGCGCCCCACCGAGCCGGAUCUACGACCAUGCAUUUUGUAUCAGUCAAUGUAGACACUUUUCACGUUAGCUCACUGUGUAGACCGUUCCGAUAUUCAAAUACUUAUUUCUAACACCA